UAAAUUUGAAUAACUGGGAUCAUAUAAAUCAGACGGAAUAAGAAGGCAUCGUGCGAGGAAGACCGCACUCCUCCAUCCCUCUUCGGCAGUCCUGUCUGUUGGUAUGAUGGCUGUGUUGUUGCUGCCUCUUCUCUCUUUGCUCCUCCUGUCCCUCCAAACUCCUGGUCAAGCUUCUCCUUCCUGCCCUGUGAGCUGUCGUUGCUAUAGCCUCACUGUGGAAUGUGGCUCCACCGGUCUGCAAGACAUCCCCAAACACGUCCCUGCAUCUACACAGACUAUCUUCCUUCAGGACAAUGUGAUUGGUCAGAUCCGUCGACAGGACCUCACUCUGCUGAGGCACCUACACUACCUCUACUUGCAGAACAACACCAUCUCAGCAGUGGAGCCUGGAUCUUUCCAGAACCAGGGUCAGUUGUUGGAGCUGGCUCUGAAUGGAAACCGGAUACACCUAGUGACCGCCGACAUGUUCCAGGGACUGGAACAUCUCCGCAUUCUUUACCUGGCAGGAAAUGACAUCAUGCGCCUGCUGGACUACACCUUCCGUGGCUUACAGCGUCUGCAAGAGCUACAUUUGCAGCAUAACAGUAUAGAGAUGUUAGCAGACCAAGCACUAGUUGGUUUGACUUCUUUAGCCCUGCUGGACCUGAGCAGGAAUAAUCUUCACACCAUUGGCCCUGUAUCACUGCGACCUCUGGUCAGCCUGCAGGUCCUGCGCAUCACAGACAACCCAUGGCGCUGUGACUGUGCUCUUCACUGGCUAAGGAGCUGGAUCGAUGAGGAGGGCCAGCGGCUGCUCAGUUCAGCAGAACGUCGGCUGGUCUGUACUGAGCCACCGCGUCUUUCCCACCUUAGCCUGGUGGAGGUUCCGCUCAACAGCCUGGUGUGUAUCCCUCCACUUGUGCAGCUAGAGCCUAGGAGACUAGCUGUGCGCCUGGGAGAGAGCCUCAGGGUGUCGUGCCAUGCGUCUGGUUACCCACGGCCACAGGUGACCUGGAGGAAGGCGUCCCAGGGUAAGUUGAUGCUGUCUCCCAGAGGCCUGGUUCAGGAGAUGGGUGCCGGAGGAGGUGCAGUGGGCAGAGCAGAGGAGCCUUCAGAGGAAGGCAGAGUCAGUCUGCAGAAGACUGACAACGAGCGCUUUGACCCUGACACCGGCAGCGGCAUGCUGUUUCUCAGUAAUGUGACUGUAGCUCAUGCUGGUUUCUAUGAAUGUGAAGCCUGGAACGCAGGAGGCAUGGCCAGGGUCACUUUUCAGCUUGCCAUCAACUCAUCCACUUCCUCAUCCUCCUCUUCUUCCUCCAUCUGGGCCUCAUGGUCACAGGUGUCCUCACCAUACUCACCUGCCUGGCCCCGGCUGAGGAGUCAUGGUCCCGCUUUGGGCUCAGAUGUGAGCCGGGAGCCCCUGUACGCUCUGGGCAGCAUGGCCUUCAGUGCUCUGGGAGCUGCCACUCAGACCGCCAUCGCUGUGGGCAUCUCCCUGCUGGCUCUGACCGCUCUUCUGCUGGUUGCCAUGAUCUACAGCCGACAUCACCAGCGAGACAAGGAGGCUGACGGAGCUGAGAAGGAGGAGAGCAUCUUGUACGUUAAUGACUACUCUGAUGGCCCAACCACAUUCGCCCAGCUAGAGGAGUACCGUGAUGAGCGUGGCCACGAGAUGUAUGUCCUUAACAGGGCCAAGCCUGUGCUGCCUCCUGCCCCACCCACAGCUGUCUCCACCACCAACCUGGGUUGCCCUGCUCCAUCUGACACCUCCACCCACACCCUGUCCUCUGGGCCGGGCCAGACCAUGAGUCCUACUCUGGUUCCCAACAAACAGCAGCAACAGGAGGGCGACAUACGGACCAUGAGGAGAAUGGCUGGGGAGGGAGGGGAAGCUGAGCCUGUGAUCACGUCAGAGGCUGAAGGGAUGUUUCUUAACCACACAGGCCUGUUCAUGGACUCUCAGAUCGCCUAUGAGAUCCACUGCUGAAUGGAGGAGACAAUCCACUGCAACAGUUUGAGCCGGUGGUUUACAGCAAAGGCUGUUACAUCUUACCUGAAGAAAGGCAGGGUGCUACUGCUGGAAUGUACUAGUAACUGACAAUUGCACUCAUCUCUGUGGAAUGGCUGCACUAUCUACAAGACUCAUUCACAGUGAUGGAAGGUUUACAUACCUGGCAGAGCUCACAAUCUGGCUUAAAUCAAUAGCACUGAGGCUUUUAAACUGACAUACUGUGAUGUAUCUUGCACAUCAAAAUAUCAGUGAUGACAGAAAAAAACCCCACCAAAUAUUAGUCAGCGGUAACUGUCCUGUACAUGAAAAACCAGUCAGUAUUUAUCAAACCUAUUUUCAUACCAGAAACUUUUCACUGUCAUUACUGUACUAGACUUAAGGGAAGUGGAGUUUUUUUUACCUCUAGAAGUGUUAUGGAGAUUUUUUUCUUCCUUUGGUGUUAUUUAUUUAUUUAUUACAUGAGUAGGUGCCCAUUUUGUUUGUCCUGUGCAUGCACAUCCUCGUGGGUGUGCAAUUCACAGUCCUGCCAAUGGUUUCUCACUGUUCCACUGACCAACAGGUGGCAGUAGAUAUGCAGCAAUGUGCCAACAAAGACAAGGAAGAAGAGGACUGCUUGCUAAUUAAUAUGGACGUAAAUAGUGCAGGUUUCAAACUUUUAAGAAAAAUCAGAUUUGGAAAUGUUUCAUGAGAAAGGAAGUGCAUUCAGCAUGUUUGCUAGAUCUCAAGGAUGCACACAAUGAAUUUGGGUGAGUAUCACACAGGACACCCAUGAACAUCUGUCCUAUCAAGAACUCAGACACACUUCAUCGGUUAUUUGCAGGGUGAGUCUACAGAAAAGGGAAAUCACGGAAUCUUCCAUUUUAUGAGCAUGUAGGAACCCUUGUGUGUUUUAUAAGUGUUGUUAAUGUCUAUACAUGUCUUAAUUUAAUCUCAGUCUCUGGCUGUUGAGCAUCUAAAGGCGUAUGAGGUGGGACAACAGCAGCUAAAUUUUGUAACUAUUUAUUUAAAAGUGUGGGAACAUGUUAACCAUCACAAAGAAAGGAUCUUAAUGGAAAAUUCUGGUUAUUUUCUAUCUGAGUCUGAGUUCUGAUUAACGUCAUGUUCAGUUUGCCACUAAUGAGCAGCCUCUAGAUACUAACAGUGAAACUCCGGGGACUGUUCGAGUUAGUGUGUAUCAUUUUAAGUUACCUACUUCGCCGAGUCUAACAUUGGUGAUCCUGGAUAACUGGUUUCAUAAAGCUGUUAUCAACUGUCCCUGUUACACCUAUGUGUUACACCUGGGUUUUAUUCAACUAAUUUAGUAGAGAUUGGGUUGUGGUUUGAAUUAAUUUAUUUCCAAUCAGAUGGCAGUUAUAUGUUUUUUUCAACGUCACAUAUCAUUGAGCCUAUAAAUAUUUAACAUUUUGUGAUGACCCCUCCGCUCCACUAGGUGUUCCUGUGUUUUUGGGUUCGUUUGCUGGUUUCCUCUUGUUUUGCAGGAUCCCGGGCAGGGUGGAGGUUCGUCAUUGGCUUCAUGAGCCAUACCUGGGCCCGAUGUGGUCUCGUGUAUAAAGCUUGGCCUUCCACGGAGCCUCCCUCUCUCCCUUCCUCUUCCAGCACGGCUCGGCUCGGCUCGGCUCGGCUCAGCUGUUUUGUCUUUUUGUUGCUGAUGCACAUGCACAUACACAAACACCACUGAUUACUGACUUACACGUUUUUUCCGUUUUAAUGUAUUAUUUUGUAAAUAAAUACAACCUGUCCUAACUGGCAAACUCGUCUGGUCUGCCAUAUUUGUCGCAGCUUAUGAGCCGGGCUGUGACAUAUGGGGGUUCGUUUCAUCUUUGUUGACCCGGGG